AGCCUCCAUGCACCACGCCCACCUGCCCCUGCUUAAAUUGAGGCCUUUCAGGGCACAUUGGGAGCGCUCCUUGCAAAGCAGCAGCCCCUGGAAGAGAAGUCGGUGCUGCAGGAAAGGGAUUGGCUUCUGCUCCACUGCUUGCAAUGUAUCUCCGGAUACGACUGGUUGCACUAUAUACCAUCUCAGUCACGCUGAUUGCAUUCUUUAUGUAUAUACAGAAAGAGACUAAGUUGGCUGUCUCUCCAGCAGCCAGGAAGAUAGCUGUACCCAAUCCCAGCCAUACAUUGUGGGUCCCAGAACAGAUUGAACCCAGCAAAUGUUUGCCAGACCUAAAACUUGCCAAUUCUUCUCUUGCACUCCCAGAGCUUCACCGACUCUUCUUAAUGUACAAACACUGCAGGAACUUUUCAACCCUGCUGAAGCCCACAAGAUGCAGUGAGGAAACAUUCCUCCUGCUGGCAAUCAAGUCACCCCCAAUCAACAUAGACCGUCGGGUUGCUAUCAGGAACACAUGGGGGAAGGAAGUGGCCAUGGGUGGGCGCUCAGAGGUCAAAGUCCAGGCUCAACCCCUGCACCAGCUGCUGGCUUAUGAGAGCCAAGAGUUUGAUGACAUUGUCCAGUGGGAUUUCACAGACAACUUCUUCAACUUGACGCUGAAGGAGCUGCACUUCCUCCGGUGGUUCAUGGUGGACUGUCCCCAUGCCAAGUUUGUACUGAAGGGCGAUGACGACGUUUUUGUUAACCCCUACAAUAUUGUUGAAUUCCUCAAGGAACUCAACCCUGAGGAGGAUCUCUUUGUUGGGGAUGUGAUCAGCCAGGCCCGUCCUAUAAGAAACACCAAAGUCAAAUAUUUCAUUCCAGAGUCAAUGUACAGAGAGCCCUACUAUCCCCUCUAUGCAGGUGGGGGUGGCUAUGUGAUGUCCAGAAUGACAGUGCAGCGGCUCCAGAGCACUGCUGAGGACACCGAACUCUUCCCAAUAGACGACGUCUUUGUAGGAAUGUGUCUGGCAAAGAUGGCAGUGACCCCACUGAACCAUGCUGGCUUUAAGACCUUUGGAAUCCAGAGGCCUUUUAAUCCAUUUGAUCCAUGUCUUUACAAGGAAUUGAUGAUAGUGCACAAGCUGAAUCCCACUGAGAUGUGGAUCAUGUGGACGCUGGUAAAGGAUAACCAUAUUAGGUGUGCUGUAUCAGUAACUCACAACUACAGAACUGUCUGAAAACUAGAGUGCUGAUGCUAAGUGGAAACAGAAUAUGACGACAGUGGUUACUCCAGGGUGUUUAAACUGACAUUAAAAAAACAAAAACAAAAUGAAGUUACAUUUUUAUUAACACUGUAGUUUUACAUUCGGGUAAUGUUCAGUAAUCAGACUAUGAAAAUAUAUUGAUGGGUUUCUGAAGUAUCACAAGGUUAAACUAAAAAGAUGUGGGGGAAGAGGGGAUAGAUAGCUCAGGGACUUGAUAUUGUGAUUGGAAUCUCUCCUCCUCUCUAGAUCACUGAUUUGAAUUCAGUUUGCAUGGGUCGUUCUGAAGGGCUGUUCGGUAGUGUGCAAAGUGAAGUCGUGGUCUUAGUGCCAGUUGUGAUGGCUUUUGAACAUAAGUGUCCAGAUCACAAUUGCCAACCUUACUAGCAGUCUUGAGUAGGAAGGCCAGUAACUAAACAGGUGGUAGAUCAUGAACUUGCCUCUUAAUGCUUGAAAUCAAAGCUGAGGUACAAAGAGGAACAGCAUGGACACACAUAAGCUGCUAGGACUAUCCAUCUCAACGGACUUUGCUGUCUAGGGCUAGCAACACAGCAGACUACACCAGCACUCAAUUUACUUAAUAGCAGGAAGAACACAGAGAAAAUGGUCUAGAAACUUUUCAGUUGUCUGUUCUUCUCACAGCCAUUAUGCACCAAAGUACUUAGUUCUAAUCUCACUGACUUCUAACCAGCUCUUGCUCUUUGGAUUUUAUCUGCACUUGUUAGCUUAUUUACACUGGAAUUUCUGCACAAAAAUAUGGAUCAUUUCUUCUCCCAAAUUGCUAUUAAUCACUGUAAUAACAUUGGUUUUUUUAACAGCAGUAUAAAUAAAUACAGUUUUGCAAGUGUUUAUAUUAAGAGUAUUCUUGCUGUCCUGGAAGUACAAGUUUGAUGAGAAUAUUAAAAAGGAAACCCAGAGUUAGCUUAGAGCAACCUCCAUCAAAGCUCAUACAGCUGCAAUGUAUCUGUAUAGCUUUGUGGAUUAUGGGACUUGCUUCCUUUUCAUGAGUUAGUGCUGCACUGCAUGUCUGGUGAAAUAACAUUUCCUUAAUGACCUAGUGGUUGAAGGUGAGAAACGGCUACACAAGUUCUUCGUCAUCUGGUGUUGUCUGAGUCAGUUCCUUGAGUAAAGCUUAAUAAGACCUAUCCUCUUUGAUGCUAAUAGGGAGCUUUUCAACUUCAGGUCACUUCACAAAUACAAUAAUUCAUCCUUGAACUGAUGGGUUGCUAGUGAGGAGAGGCGGCCUGGAAAUGGUAGUAAAGUGUUUGCUUUUGGAGGAGAGACCUCUGAGUUUUAAUGUGAUUGUUACAUGACCUUGGCAAAGUUGCUUUCUCCAUCUGCAAAGGGAGGGGACAAUACUGCCAUGUGACCUGGUCCUUCAUUAAUAUUUGUGAAGUGCUUUGAGAUCCUCUGCAGAGAUGGAGAGGGUAAGUUACAUCCUUACACAAGACUAGAAAGGACAGUUUGAUGCUUUUUGGUCUUUUUAAAUAGGGAUGUUAACCAGCUUACUGGUAAGUGUGAAACUUCUCCGUUAACCCAUUGUUGCCCGUUAACUCUGGUGGUGGCCUGCUGUACCUGCUCUGAGCAGCUGUUAACAUCCAACAUAUUUUGUUUGGUGACACCACUGUUUAAACUUAUAAAUCAAUGGAUUCUUAUGAUGCGGGUUCCCAUUUGCUAGUGUAUUACACCUUCACUGACACUCCCCUGCUUGCUUUUAUUAGUGUUUACUCUGUUUGGGCAGUGGCCUUUUUCAUUACUUCUGAUAUCUUUGUCAGUUCCCUUUUGGUCUUGGAGGGUCUCACCAUUUUACUUAGGGUUGUGGUUGUCUGAAGGUACUAGGUAUUGCAACACUGUUGUACUAUUCCAUUUUACACUGUUGUCUGACAAAUGCUUGUUCACUGUUGCUGUAGUCGUCUCUGCCAUGUAAUAAGCCCUUGAGUAAUCUUCUAGGAAGAAACUCAGACCUAGACAACUGGUUGAAAACGAAUGUAUGAAAGCAGAACUGCCAGUAAGAGAUGAGCCCAUAAUUUGGGUUCAUCUUUACCUAAACUUUUUUAGGAUACUGUACCCUUCCACUU